GUGUCUUUCGACUUCGGGCAAAUGGGCUUCCGGGGGCUCUGAGGGGAAAUUGGGGCUCACCAUGGCAGCCUCUUUGACUGGGAAGAAGAUCGUGUUUGUCACGGGGAACGCCAAGAAACUGGAGGAGGUCAUUCAGAUUCUGGGAGAUAAGUUUCCAUGCACUUUGGUGGCACAGAAAAUUGACCUGCCAGAGUACCAGGGAGAGCCGGAUGAAAUUUCCAUACAGAAGUGCCAGGAGGCGGCUCGCCAGGUGCAGGGCCCUGUCCUGGUGGAAGAUACUUGUCUGUGCUUCAAUGCCCUCGGAGGGCUCCCUGGCCCCUACAUAAAAUGGUUUCUGGAGAAGUUAAAACCUGAAGGUCUCCAUCAGCUUCUGGCCGGCUUUGAAGAUAAGUCAGCCUAUGCGCUGUGCACGUUUGCGCUCAGCACUGGGGACCCCAGCGAGCCUGUGCGCCUGUUCAGGGGCCGGACCUCGUGCUGGAAAUGGAAUCCAGGGCCCACAUGCCAGGGCCAGAUUGUGGUGCCCCGAGGCUGCCGGGACUUUGGCUGGGACCCCUGCUUUCAGCCUGAUGGAUACGAGCAGACGUAUGCAGAGAUGCCCAAGGCCAAGAAGAAUGCCAUCUCCCAUCGCUUUCGGGCUCUGCUGGAGCUGCAAAAGUAUUUUGGCAGCAUGAGUCCUCCUGAGGCUGGAGGAGACCACUCAGGCCAGGGAUCUGGGGAGGGCUAGCCUACACUUCCACCAUCAGGCAGGCACCCCUGGAAGUACUUCCUUCAGGGUUUCCCCUUGCUGGAGGUGUCAAGGCAACCUCCCUAUCCUGGCCUGGAAAAGCAGCUAACUCCACUUGGAAAAAUUCUGAGCAAGUUGUUGCCAGUCUCUUGCCUUUAGGCUGCCAGGGAUUCAGUGAUCUCUCCAGGUCUGGGAUCCUGGGAGAUCUUUAGGUGUUAAAACAGCCUUGGCAGGACUGUGGGUUUGGGAAAGAACCACACAAACAGCCUUCAAUGUUUUUAAAAUGUGGGAAAUAAAAAAUUCUGGAAGGUACUUGCUUCCAAAAUAAACUGGAUAUAUCUGCU